UGAGCAGGGUUGGGGGCACCGGACAGCAACUCAGCCUUGAGUGGGAGCGAGACGCCGGCCAUCCCGGGUAUUUGGAGGAUAAAGGUGUCUGUCCCGCAGGGAUGACCACCCCGGCGGGCUCGGGUGCGGGCUUCGGCUCGGUAUCCUGGUGGGGCCUGUCCCCGGCGCUGGACUUGCAGGAGGAGAGCCCUGAAGUGCACGCGGACUCGGACGCGGUCGCGGACAACGACGAGCUCAAUGUGCUGCUGCUGGGCUCGGUGGACGGGCGCCAUCUGCUGCGCACCCUGGCCCGGGCGGCUCACUGGCCACGCAGGAGGCUCAAUUUCUAUAUGCUAGAGCACAACUUAGAGGCUGUUGCCCGACAUAUGCUUCUCUUCAGCCUUGCUCUGGAGGACCCCGAGAAGAUGGGGCUACAAGAGCGGAGCGAGACCUUCCUGGAGGUGUGGGGGAACACGUUGCUGCGGGCCCCGGUGGCCGCCUUCGUGCGCUCGCAGGCAGCCCGCCUGGCGCCUCUGGUCCCGGAGCCCGACCGCCUGGCGCGGGAGCUGCCCUGGCUCCGCCUCUGCGCGCUCAAGUUCCGAGAGCGCGACGCGCUGGAGGCCGUGCUCCGCUUCUGGUCUGGAGGGGAGCGGGGCCCUGAGGCCUUCCCCGUGGGUCGCCUGUGGGAUGCGCGCGUGCGCCACUACCUGGGCUCCCGCUACGACGCCCGGCGCGGGGUCAGCGACUGGGACCUGCGCAUGAAGCUGCACGACCGCGGGGCCCGAGUCAUCCAUACCCAGGAAUUCCGUCGCUGGAGGGACACAGGUGUCGCCUUUGAACUCAGAGACUCUAGCGCCUACCAGGAGCCCAACCGGACCCUGGCGUCUGGCCGCCUCUUGAUCCACCACGGGGAGCGCGUGGUGGCGCGCGGGUACUGGGGGGACAUCGCCACGGGGCCCUUCGUGGCCUUUGGCAUCGAGGCGGACGACCAGAGCCUCCUGCAGACCAGGAACGGGCAGCCCGUCAAGACUGCGGGAGAGAUCGCCCAGCACAAUCUGACCGAGGUGCUUCGAGAGUUGGCCGCCUGGGGGCGCCCGAGAGCCGCGCAGGGGAACCCCGAGGGGGAGCGGCUGGAGCCGGAGGACAACUCGGAGCAGAAGACCCUAGGAGACCUGGCCCGAGAAUCCUUCACGCUUCACUUUCUUCCCCUCGGAUCCGCGCACUUGCUGCACCACAAAGGCUGCUACCAGGGCCACUUCCAGCUCCUCUACAUCGCCUGCGGCAUGGUGCACCUGCUUGGCCCUGAGCUCGCUGCCUGCGUGGCCCCUGGAGGGCACCUGGUGGUGGAGUCCGCCCGGUUCCUGGUGGACCUGCGCUCUGAGCAGCUUCAGGACUUCAACAACCGGGUCGGGGAGCUGGCUGGAGUGGCUGGUUUCACCCCACGCACUACGACUGGGCCUGUGGAGACCUUCUCUCGCUUCACCAAGCUGAUGGCCGAAGGCUCAGGAUCUGGACACGUGCCCCGGAGCCCCUCUCUUGAUGCCUCCAGUCUCGGGUGCACAUCCCAUGCUUCCAGUGCUGGGGACUCCACCCCAAGAUCUGACCACACUCACAGCAAACCCGCCUCACACGUCAGAGUGGGAGCCGACCUGGAGCCCAAGUGCCCCUCUCUGACUUCUAACGGGGACUCCGGAGAUUAGGAGCCACCUACAGGAUUUUGACCCACUUGGGGCUUCUCGAGGUUCCCACCCGGCAUUGCACUCAGCCCCAGAGCCCUGCAGACUGAGCCUUCCCAUGCCCUCCCUGGGGCUCUGUGUGCCAUUCCAAGUUAUACAGUGUCUCUCACCCCCUGCCACACCCAAGACUUAUCCCAGAUGAGAUCCACCUGGGCUGAGGCCCCAGCCUCCAGUCCCUCCCAGCCUCCUGCCCUCUGUUCUCAGCUGGGAUUGGGGAGGCACCAAGCAGCUCAGUAAAAUCUUGUGUCCUUU